AUGGAUUUAACUGUGAAGAAUUUUCCUGUAUUCCUUUUGGUUCUUCUUCUUCCUCUCCUGGCUUUCUGUGAUGAGAAACAGGUGUACAUAGUGUAUCUUGGAGAACAUAGUGGAGUGAAUACAUUUAAUGAAAUUGAAGAAAACCAUUAUUCAUAUCUGUUCUCUGUGAAAAAAACUGUCGAAGAUGCUAAAUCUUCACUUAUUUACAGUUAUAAGUCCAGCAUCAAUGGCUUCGCGGCAUUUCUCACCCCAGACGAAGCCUCAAAACUCUCCGAGGUUAAGGAAGUGGUGUCUGUGUUACGAAGCCACCCAAAGAAGUACUCUUUGCAGACUACGAGGUCGUGGGAAUUUGCCGGUUUACAGCAAGGAAGUAAAGGGUUUCGGUUGAAGGAGGACUUGUUACUGAAAUCAAGCUAUGGAAAAAACGUUAUCGUUGGCAUAUUAGAUAGUGGCGUGUGGCCAGAAUCAAAAAGUUUCAGUGAUAAAGGGAUGGGACCAUAUCCAUCCUCGUGGAAAGGAAUUUGCCAAUCUGGAGAUGCAUUCAACUCAUCAAACUGUAACAAGAAGAUAAUUGGUGCAAGAUACUACAUCAAGGGUUAUGAGGCAUACUAUGGGCCUCUUAACAGAACAUUGGAUUACCGGUCCCCUCGUGACAAGGAUGGACAUGGAACUCACACGGCAUCAACAGUUGGAGGCCGAAGGGUUCAUAAAGUUUCAGCAUUAGGAGGAUUUGCUCGUGGAACUGCCUCGGGUGGUGCGCCACUUGUCCGACUGGCUAUCUACAAAGUCUGCUGGGCUAUUCCAGGCCAAGGAAAAGAAGAUGGAAAUACAUGCUUUAUGGAAGACAUGCUGGCUGCAAUGGAUGAUGCAAUUGUUGAUGGUGUUGAUGUAUUGAGCAUUUCAAUUGGAACAAAUAAUCCUGUUCUGUACAAUGAAGAUGGUAUCGCCAUUGGAGCGCUUCAUGCGAUCAAGAAAAAUAUAGUGGUGGCUUGCAGCGCUGGGAAUUCUGGCCCUGCACCAGCUACCUUAUCUAACGUGGCUCCUUGGAUUAUCACAGUUGGUGCUAGUAGCAUCGAUCGGAUGUUUUUAGCACCUGUUGUGCUAGGAAAUGGCAUGAAAAUUAUGGGACAAACAGUAACUCCAUAUAAGCUGGAAAAAAAGAUGUACCCACUAGUUUAUGCAGCACAAAUAGUAGAUCCUGAAGUGCCUAAAGAUAUCUCCGGGCAAUGUUUACCUGGUUCACUUUCAUCGAAGGCGGCAAAGGGGAAGAUUGUAUUAUGUCUGAGAGGAAAUGGAACAGGAGUGGGAAAAGGUUGGGAAGUGAGAAGGGCUGGAGGGAUUGGUUUCAUCUUGGGAAAUAGUAAAGCAAAUGGAGCUGAAUUAGCAACUGAUGCUCAUUUACUUCCAGCCACUGCUGUCAAUUAUGAAUAUGCUCUCAAAAUUCUCAACUACAUCAAUUCUACGAAAACGCCAAUGGCCUAUAUAGCACAUGCUACGACUGUGUUAGAUAGCAAACCAGCACCAUUCAUGGCUGCCUUCACUAGUAGAGGCCCGAGCACGAUUUCACCCCACAUUCUCAAGGUGUACAUAGUUUACAUGGGAGGACACGAAGAAAAGAGAACGUUACUCCAGACUGAAGACAAGCAUUUCUCGUACCUAGCGUCUGUAAAAAAUUCCACAGAAGAAGCAAAAGCUUCAAUGGUGUACAGUUAUAAGAAUGUUAUUAAUGGCUUCUCAGCGUUUCUCACCGUAGAAGAAGCUCAAAAGUUAUCUGAAAUGGACGGAGUGGUUUCUGUAUUCAAAAGCCACCACGUGAAGUACAGGAUUCAAACUACGAGAUCAUGGGAUUUCACAAACCUGCUCACCAGUGGAAAUUCAGGCAAUAUCAGCGGAAUUGGAGAUGAUGAAAUACUGCAGAAGGCAAAUUAUGGAAAAGAUAUUAUUAUUGGCGUCCUGGACACUGGAGUAUGGCCAGAGUCAGAGAGUUUUAGUGAUGAAGGAAUGGAACCCGUUCCAAGUUCAUGGAAAGGAAUCUGCGAAUCUGGAAUAGCUUUUAACUCAUCUCAUUGCAACAGAAAAUUGAUAGGAGCGCGCUACUAUUUAAAAGGUUACGAGGCAUAUUACGGCUCCUUGAAUGAGAUGAUAAACUACCGAUCUGCACGGGACAGGGAAGGACAUGGGACUCACACGGCUUCAACCGUGGCAGGCCGCGAAGUGCACAACAUCUCACUCCUCGGCGGCUUUGCCAGUGGCACAGCCAAAGGUGGUGCUCCUCUUUCACGACUUGCAAUCUACAAAGUAUGUUGGACGAUCCCCAGUGAGUCAAAGGUACUUGAGAGCACAUGUUUUCACGAAGACAUGCUGGCAGCAUUCGAUGAUGCCAUUGCUGAUGGUGUCCAUGUAAUAAGCAUCUCGAUCACGCCAUAUCAAAAUAUCGAAUACACAAAAGAUGGGAUUGCUCUGGGAGCACUGCAUGCUGCUAAGAAAAAUAUCGUAGUGGUGGCGAGUGCUGGAAAUUGGGGCUCGGCCCCAUCAACCGUAGUAAAUGUGGCGCCCUGGAUACUUACGGUGGGGGCCAGUAGCAUUGAUCGAAUUUUCAGCUCGCCUGUUUUGCUGGGGAAUGGAAUGAAAAUUGCAGGUCAAACUGUAACGCCAUACAAGUUAAAAGCUGUGCGCCCUUUAGUUUAUGCUGGAGAUGCAGAAGCCCCUGGAACAACAACUAAUGAUACCACCGGGUUAUGCCUUUCCGGAACUCUUUCACAAGAAAUUGUGCAAGGGAAAAUAGUUUUGUGCUUGAGGGGAAAUUCAAGUAAUGUAGAAAAAGGUAUGGAGGUGAAAAGAGCAGGCGGUGCCGGAUUCAUUUUGCAGAAUCCUGUGGAUGGAAUUGGAGUAUCAGUUGUUGCUCAUGUACUUCCUGGAACUGCCAUAUUUUCAAAUGAUUCAGCCACUAUUCUCAAUUACAUAAGAACAAACAAAAAUCCGACCGCAAGAAUAGUUCUAGGGAGAACUGUUUUGGGUAGUAAAUCGUCACCAUUCAUGGCCGCCUUCUCCUCGAAAGGUCCCAAUGGCCUAGAACCCAACAUUCUAAAGCCCGAUAUAACUGCACCUGGGCUAAAUAUCUUGGCAGCAUGGAGCGAGGCAACCUCUCCCACAAAUCUAUUCGCAGAUAAUCGGGUGGUGAAGUACAACGUUCUCUCAGGGACUUCCAUGUCUUGCCCUCACGUAGCGGCAGCAGCCGCCCUCAUCAAAGCAGCGCAUCCAGAUUGGAGCAGCGCCGCCAUAAGAUCAGCCAUGAUAACUACCAGCACUCAAACCAACAACAUCGGCACCCCAAUAACCGAUGCCAAUGGAAAUCCAGCAACUCCCUUCCAUUACGGGUCGGGUCACUUCCAACCCUCAAAAGCAAUGGAUCCAGGCCUGGUUUACGACUCAAAUUACACUGACUAUCUUCUUUUCCUUUGCAACUAUAACAACACUGUAAAAAAUGUGGAUCCAUCAUUUACUUGUCCAACGGAAUUUACGUCGCCAAGUAAUCUGAAUUAUCCAACAGUUACAGCCUCCUUCAUCAACGGCGAGGUUUCGGUGCACAGAACGGUGACCAAUGUCGGUGUCGGAAGAAGUGUAUAUAAUCUGAAUAUCGAAACCCCAGUUGGGUGUAGACACGGCUACUUCCACAUUGUUAACAAUGACUAUACUCAUUGGGAGGUGUACUCUAUUGGUGGAAGUGCAAAUCCCACCAUUAACAGUCAGGGGAACAGAUAUCUUGUCCCUGUCAACCAUUUUGCUAAAGAGGUAACAAAGAGAGUUGUCACUGGUAAUAAGAUUUGGAGGCACUGGAAUUGGAGCUCGGAAGGUGCCCUUAUGCUAAACAGUGCUUAUUAUACACCAACUGGGCGUGGAGUAGCAGCCAACUAUGCCAGAGAUAUGCUCCUAAGGUCCUUNUUGGAGGCACUGGAAUUGGAGAUCGGAAGGUGA